GCGGUAGGAGGGCACGUACGUACGUAGUCAGUCUCAGCCGCCAAUCGACUCGAGGGAGGGACCAUGUUGAUAUAAGAAAGGACUAGAAUCGUUUGUUUGGAGCGGCACAACCAUGGACAAGACUUCCGUGGUAAAAGUCGGUGCCGCGGCCAGUGCCAGUGUAUGUGCCCUGUUCGGAGGUGUGGUUCUCGCCCAGUACAUGUUCGCCAAGAAGAAGAGAGCGGGAAAAAAAACGAAGAUCAUCGAGAUGAUGCCAGAGUUUGAGAAGAACACGGUCCACAUGAGGGAUCCAGAGCGGGUGGAGCAGAUCAUCUGUGGCAUGAUCAAGGGUGGCGCCUCCAAACUACAGGUCAUCACUGACUUUGACAUGACAUUAAGCCGGUUCGCAGUCAACGGCAAACGCUGCCCCACCUGUCAUAAUAUCAUUGACAACUGCAAGCUUGUCACCGAAGAUUGUAGGACAAAGUUACUGGAGCUUAAGAACACAUAUUACCCCAUAGAGAUCGACCCCCAUCUAACGAUGGAGGAGAAGUAUCCAUUUAUGGUAGAAUGGUAUUUUAAGUCCCACACAUUACUGGUGGAGCAGAGGCUACAGAAGGACAAACUCUCUGAGGUGGUGAGAGACUCAGAUGCCUGCCUGAGGGAGGGCUAUGAGCCGUUCUUUGACAGGCUCCAGCAGCACAACGUGCCCGUGUUCAUCUUCUCAGCGGGUCUGGGGGACGUCCUGGAGGAGAUCAUCCACCAGGCGGGGGUCUACCACCCCAACGUCAAGGUGGUGUCCAACUUCAUGGACUUCGACGAGAAUGGUGAGCUGAGGGGCUUCAAGGGAGAGCUGAUCCAUGUGUUCAACAAGCACGACGGCGCCCUGCGCAACACGGAGUACUUCAAACAGGUGAAGGACAACUGCAACAUCGUGCUGUUGGGAGACUCGUUAGGUGACCUCAACAUGGCUGACGGCGUGCCCAAUGUGGAGAACAUCCUCAAGAUCGGCUUCCUCAACGACAAGGUGGAGGAUCGUUUGGAGAAAUAUCUGGACUCUUAUGACAUCGUCCUGGUAAAGGACGAGACUCUAGAUGUGCCCAAUUCCAUCCUUCAGAAGAUUAUAUAACUCACCCCCCCACAUCAUACUGAAACACUUCCCCCAACCCAUGGAAAAUGAACCAACCUCUGGACCCCCAGACGGAUGUUACUGGCCCCCUGCCACUGACUCGCAGCCUCUCGACAUGCACUAGCUCCAUGGGCACCACUCCUUGGAUCCCACCUCUGCCACCAACCAUAGGGUCAUGGUUGGGUACUGGAUGGUCCCUUCACCUCUUUAUGAAGACAUUUAUUCUCCUCUCAAUGAACUAUUUUUAAAGUACACAGCCUCAGUGUUUGUCUGUCUGCAACCUUGUCAACAUCCUCCACCCCAUAACUAAAAAGUAAUAGCAACCCAAAAAAAGCUAACUAAAUCUUUUAUAAUUUGCAUGUUAUUGUUAUUCAUCAUAUUUUUUUAUAUUGUAAUGCUUAUCAGUUUGCAAAUCAUAAACCGAGCAUCCACACAAGAACACAGCGACGUCUUUGGAACAGCCCUAGCAUGCAUUUCACCACACUACGUCACCUUGCAUUGUGCAACAGUUUGGCUACAGGAGUCAAUGUAGGUCUGAAAAAAUAACUUGAACCUGUCUAUGGGUGAACAAUACUCAGACACUGGUAUGAGUAUUAUCAGUGGUUUUAUGGAUCUAGUAAUGGAUUCUGUCUUGCAGAAGAAAAGCCAUGUAGACACCUUAUCUGUUUUCACAUGGGGACUGCCAUGUAAAUAGACUCCAUGGUUGUUAUAGAUACCCUAUGGUGCUUAUAUCAAGAAAUGAAACAAUUGUCAAUGAGUUGAGAUAAUAGUAGUAACUAGUGGUGCUAAAGUUUUUUUAUAAGUUAGUUAUGGGUUACUACUGUUAGUGUAACUGACUUUAUGAACGAUAUAGUGUAAAAUAAAGUGCUACCAAAGAAGUCAUUACACAGAGGAAAAGUAGGCUAGUCAAUAGGCAGUAUAUUACAAGAGAACACCACUGGGUAAAGCACCGUUGUCUGUGGAUCAGCGACAAUAAGACUAAUAUUUUCUUUAACUUGGCCUUUUAUCCACACCUAUUGACUUUUUUUUUUUAAUUUUGUGGUUCAAAUGUGAACUCUACCUCAAGCUUGGAAAUGUUUCUUACCCCCCCUUAAGUUUCUCAGUUUUGUCUUGCACAUGUUUGAUUAUUUUAAAUGUUAGCAUUUUAAACGUGCUGCUACUCCUGCAUGUUGCCUUUUCUUAACUUUGAAUUUGUCUAAAGGACGGAGUGGGGGAAAAAAAUAAAACUUGUCAAAUAA